AUCGACCAUUUAUGGUUUCAUUGUUCAACAAGGCUUUGUGGCUAUACCGCACAAAUCAGGCCUUACCCUGCCCCCUGGUAAAAAACGGCCAAUUUGACGAUACCUUCCCGUGGAAGAAAGUGAAGUGCCCACGUCAGCCCAACAAGAGCUCCCAUUGUGGAUAUUGCGUGAUGAAAUUUAUGAAGGAGAUAAUUCUGCACAAUGCUGACUCAAUUCCCACGCAGUACUUUGCCGACACAUAUUGCACAGUGUAUUCAUCUGCUCAGAUGGAAGAAAUCGUUGAGGAGUUGGCGAUGGCCUUAUUCCGUCAGUGGGCACAACAUAGAUAGGGAAGUGUACAUUAAGACAGUGUAUGUACGUACAGCUAGCUUUGGUUUCAAUAUAAUUUUGGUUUUGGUUCA